UUUCAAGUACAAGUGUCAUAAUAAUAAUAAUUGAAACUGUCAAUUUUGUAGCUUACUAAACAAAUUACUUAAACUUGAAAGCUAUGGUUGAAUCAUACAUAAAGUUUUAAAAUAUAUUACUUUUGGUUUUGUUUUACUGUAUCAUUUCAAAUUGACGUUUGUAUUGUGAUCUACCAAAAGUGUAAAAAGUGAUUUGGUUUAGAAAACUAUUUAGAUAUACAUAUUUCAAAUGGAUGCAGAAGAAAUAGAUUUAAGCGACGAAGAGGAAGAGAUAACGGCUGAAACUGUUUUAAAAACAUUACAAAGUAGUUGGCAAAACGAACGACUUUCUCCUGAAAUACUCCCGCAUCGAAAUGAUAUGGUGGAAUGUAUGUUAGGUCAAAUACAGCACAUGGAACGUAAUAUAAACAAACUACCAAAAACAGACCUUCGUGCUUCCAUUCACAAAAUGGAAUUGAAUCGGAUAAAGUAUAUUAUAUGCAAUUACCUCAAAACUAGGUUAGAUAAAAUAGAAAAGUACUGUAUCACAAUUGUAAAUGAAGAGAAGCAAAGAAUUGAGUCUGGGACCAAUUACUUGACAACAUCCGAAUAUAGAUAUGCUCAAGAAUAUUUACUCAACAUGGAACAGCAUUUAAAACAAACUGUUCUUAAUAGUGUACCAAGUAAUAUGCAAACUUUUGAAACAAAUAAAAUGGCUAUAAUGCCAAAUUUACAAUCGCAUGUAUUUUUGAAAGCAAAUGAAACUGUAAAUGGCAUAGUUUUAGAAGAUUUAUUUGGUGAUCAAGAUGAAGAAAUUGAUUUAGAGGAGGGUUCGCAACAUAUUUUGCAGUACAAAUUUAUUGCCGAUUUAGUAAAAAAUGGAAAAGUCCAAUUAGUUUGAUGGAGUUUUCAUUGAAUAUAGAAGAAAACCUCAGAUUUAUUAAAAAACCUAAUUGUGAUAGGGAUUCCCUUUUAUACUAAAAAAAUUAUAUAUAACUAUAACCUUAAUCAGAUUUCAGUGAAAGUUAAAGGAUAUAUUAUUAUGAUAUAUUAGAUUUUUUCAUGUAAAAAGUAGAGAUUUUUAUAUCACUUUGAUAAAAAUUAAUCAACAAAUCUUUAGUGUAUAACAUUUUCUAUAUGGAGUUUUGAAUGUGAAAGUCCCAAAAUAAAAUAUGAAAUGAAUGCAAAGCUUGUUAUUAUAAUAAUGUUUAUAUGUUGAAUAAAAAAAUUACAU